AUGGUGCUCCCCGCCAAGAGGCUGUGCAUCGUGCCGGCCAUGGAGGGUGUUCGCUGGGCCUUCUCCUGCGACACCUGGCUGCCCAGUCGACUGGCGUUGCGGUCGACCCAGCCCGAGGAGAAGGAAUGCAUCGGCCAGUUAGUGUUUGCCCGCGACACCAAGGCGGCCCUGGCUGGUCAUCUGAUGAUAAGGAAGUUAGUUGCAGAGAAAUUAAAUAUCCCUUGGAAUUACAUUCAUCUGCAGAGAAUUUCAAAAGGAAAGCCGGUUCUUGCCAAAGACUCGUUGAAUCCCUAUCCCAAUUUGAGCUUCAACAUCUCACAUCAAGGGGACUAUGCAGUUCUUGCUGCAGAACCUGAGCUACAAGCUGGCAUUGAUAUAAUGAAGACUAGUUUUCCAGGUAGUGGUUCAAUUCCAGAAUUCUUUCAUAUUAUGAAAAGAAAGUUUACCAACAAGGAGUGGGAAACAAUCAAAAGUUUUAAUGAUGAAUGGAUUCAACUGGAUAUGUUUUACCGUCAUUGGUCACUGAAAGAAAGCUUUAUAAGAGCCAUUGGUGUUGGAUUGGGCUUUGAAAUGCAUCGACUUGAAUUUGAUAUAUCUCCACUAAACUUGAAUAUAGGCCAGGUUUAUAAGGAAACACGUUUGUUCUUGGAUGGGGAAGAAGAAAAAGAAUGUGCUUUUGAGGAAAGCAAAAUAGAUGAGCAACAUUUUGUUGCAGUGGCUCUUAGGAAACCUGAUGGAUCUAGACAUCAAAGUGUUUCAUGUCAAGAUGAUUCUAAACCAUCCCAGAGGCAGUUCACCAUCCUUAACUUCAGUGAUUUGAUAGCAUCCGCUCUUCCUAUGACACCUGAGGAUCCUUCAUUUUGGGAAUGUUUUUGCUUCACAGAAGAAAUUCUUAUUCAAAAUGGUACCAAGUCAUGAUAGAAUCCCUGAGUAAAGAAAAGAAAAGGGGGCAGUCUUCUGUGUUCACUAAAAUAAAAUGCUGGAUGUGGUCAAAUUUUAUUUAUCAAAAUAUUUUUAAAGACCCAAAUGCUUUUAAAGAGCAGAUUUCCAGUUCAGUGGCUCCUUUGAACAUGUUUACUUCUUACUGUCCAGAAUUGAAAUUGAUAGAAAUGAUGACAGAACCUUCCAAUGAUAAAUGUGCUUUAUAGAAAGAAAAAAG